AUGCCAGUGUCCCCAGUUCACUUGAGCUCCCAGUGCUCCCCCGUCCCUUCCCAGUAACCCACCAGUAGCUCCCAGUGCUCCCCCGUCCCUUCCCAGUAACCCACCAAACUUACCAGUGUCCCUCCCAGUGACCUUCCCAGUACCCCUAUUGUCCCUCCCAGUGCCUCCCAGUACCUCUCAGCGCCCUUAGUGAACUCCCCAGUGCUUCCCAGUACCAUUAUUGUCUCUCCCAGUGCCUCCCAUGCCUCCCAGUACCUCUCAGCGCCCUUAGUGAACUCCCCAGUGCUUCCCAUGCUCCCAGUUCCCACUGCCCAGCUUCCCAGUGCUCCCAGUUAA